GACACUUUAUCAACGAAAUUAAACAAGUAACUUCACUCGAAUCGAAUCAAUAGUACUAAACAACAAAUUAAUGAUCGAUACGUUAAUAAUUUAUUAUAAUUCAAUAUGUCUAUAAUUGAUAACCGAUAAUCAAGCUAAUACCUUUUAAAUUGAAAUUAAAUCAAACCGAUCGAUACGCAAACAUACAAAAAGAAAGAAACUUUAGCUUAGAGCUUACUCAUAGAGGAAGUAAUGGGAAAUAGUAUAAUUGGAAGGGACACAAUUGGAGAUGCAUUUAGAACCAGCAAGAGUCAAGCUUAGUUGUUUCCUUUUUGUCUUCUUUAUAUAAUCUUUAUACCAUUAACUUUCCUUUUUCUUUAGUUUUAUUCUUUAUUCUUUUUCCCCCCCUUUAGCUUACUGCCACCACUCUAUUUGUACAACAAUCUUGAAAAAAAAAAAAAAAAGAAGAAGAAUAAAGAUUAAAACUUGUUGAAGAUAUUUUCCAGUUUGAGCUUCUGGGGUUGGUACAAAUACAAAAACUUUUACAAAGACAGAGCCUUUUUUAAUGAUGUCUUAGGUUUAUGUUGAAAGGCUGUUGGCUUUACUACUUUAGUUUCUGUUGUUCUUUUUACCCUCUUGUUCAAAGAUUCAUAAACCAAACUUUUGUUUACUUUGUUUGUCCUGUUUUAUGAGAUGGGAAUUUUUUUUCCCUGUUGAUUAACUCCAAUUCCCAACUGUUAGCAUAUACUCUUUUGAGUUUUGAGUAUAUAGUGGCUGGCUUGACCACUUUUGGCUUUUGGUUUAUCUAAUAGAGUUCAGACUUAUAAAGGUAUAGUUCAAGAAUAAAUUGAGUUGUGUGCUACUAGUACUGGAAAAGAUGAAUGGUGCUGUGUUAGUUGCUCUUGCCGCCACUAUUGGAAAUUUUUUGCAGGGAUGGGACAAUGCCACUAUUGCAGGAGCUGUUGUUUACAUAAAGAAGGAGCUGACCUUGGGUGCUUCGGUAGAAGGACUUGUUGUUGCCAUGUCACUCAUUGGAGCCACGCUGGUCACAACUUGUUCUGGAUCCAUAGCUGACGGCGUUGGUCGUCGCCCUAUGCUUAUUAUGUCAUCCAUGCUUUACUUCCUUAGUGGCUUAAUAAUGUUGUGGUCGCCUAAUGUCUAUGUCCUGCUUAUAGCUAGACUUUUAGAUGGGUUUGGAAUCGGAUUAGCGGUUACUCUGGUCCCACUAUACAUAUCCGAGACUGCUCCAUCAGAAAUACGAGGAUCACUGAAUACUCUUCCGCAGUUCACUGGUUCUGGUGGAAUGUUCUUGGCGUACUGUAUGAUUUUUGGAAUGUCCUUGAUGACGGGGCCGAGUUGGCGAUUGAUGUUGGGUGUUCUUUCAAUUCCUUCUCUUAUCUAUUUCAUAUUAGUUGUACUUUAUUUGCCUGAAUCUCCUCGAUGGUUAGUCAGUAAAGGAAGAAUGGUGGAGGCAAAAAAAGUUCUGCAAAAAUUGCGUGGCAUAGAGGAUGUUUCAGGGGAGAUGGCAUUGCUUGUUGAGGGAUUGGCAGUAGGCAUUGAACCAUCAAUAGAAGAGUAUAUAAUUGGUCCAGCUGACGAGCUUACUGAGGAACAGGAACUGACUACUGACAAAGAUCAUAUCAAGUUGUAUGGGCCAGAGGAAGGCCUCUCGUGGUUAGCCAAGCCAGUUACUGGACAGAGUAGUCUAGCUCUUGUAUCCAGGCAAGGGAGCAUGGUGCAGCAGAGUGUGCCUCUUAUGGAUCCUCUUGUGACUCUAUUUGGUAGUGUACAUGAAAAGCUCCCUGAUACAGGAAGUAUGAGAAGCAUGCUAUUCCCCAAUUUCGGAAGCAUGAUCAGCACCAUGGAUCCUCAUGUCAAGGAUGAUCACUGGGAUGAGGAGAGUCUACAGAGAGAAGGUGAUGGUUAUCCUUCGGAUGGUGGUGCAGAUUCCGAUGACAAUCUACAAAGUCCAUUGAUUUCACGUCAAACAACCGCUGUUGAAACCGUGGUCCCUCCUCCCCAUGGCAGCUCUAUGAGCGUGAGGCGGCAUAGCAGCCUUAUGCAAGGGAAUGCUGGAGAGGGGGUAGGCAGCAUGGGCAUUGGUGGUGGUUGGCAGUUGGCAUGGAAAUGGUCUGAGAGGGAAGGUGAAGAUGGAACUAAAGAAGGAGGAUUCAAAAGGAUAUAUUUGCAUCCGGAGGCAGGCCCUGGCUCUAGACGUGGCUCUCUUGUUUCAGUUCCUGGUGGGGAUAUUCCUGAAGAUAGUGAAUUCAUACAAGCUGCGGCUUUGGUAAGUCAGCCUGCACUUUACUCAAAGGAGCUUAUGGAUCAGCAUCCUGUGGGACCAGCGAUGGUCCAUCCAUCUGAAGCUGCUUCAAAAGGUCCAAGUUGGGCAGCUCUUCUUGAACCAGGAGUCAAGCGAGCACUCAUUGUUGGAAUUGGAAUUCAAAUACUGCAACAGUUUUCUGGUAUAAAUGGAGUCAUGUACUAUACUCCUCAAAUCCUUGAGCAGGCAGGCGUAGGAGUUCUUCUUUCUAACUUUGGCAUUGCAUCAGACUCAGCAUCCUUCCUCAUCAGUGCGUUAACAAACUUCCUGAUGCUCCCUUCUGUAGCUAUUGCAAUGCGAUUCAUGGAUGUCGCUGGCAGAAGGUCGCUGCUGCUGUACACUAUCCCUGUUCUCAUACUAUCGCUCAUCUGCCUUGUCAUUGGUAAUACUGUCAACCUCGGGAGUGUGGCUCAUGCAGUCAUUUCUACUAUUUGCGUGAUUCUCUACUUUUGCUUCUUUGUAACGGGCUAUGGACCGAUCCCAAAUAUCCUCUGCUCAGAAAUUUUUCCCACAAGGGUUCGUGGUUUGUGCAUUGCUAUCUGUGCUCUCGUCUUCUGGAUAUGUGAUGUCAUUGUGACUUACACACUGCCUGUGAUGCUCAACUCGAUUGGCUUAGCUGGAGUAUUCGGUAUUUAUGCUGUUGUAUGUGUCAUUUCUUGGAUUUUCGUCUUCUUGAGGGUUCCCGAAACCAAAGGCAUGCCCUUAGAGGUCAUUACAGAGUUUUUCGCUGUUGGUGCUAGACAAGCUGCCAUCGCGAAGCACGAGUAGCUUAAGGGUUAUCUUCUGUUGGACUUGCUAGUAUGUAGUAACUCUUAGAAAAUAAAAUUUUAUUUUCUCUGUUGAUCUUCCAUUUUACAUCCUUCCUGGCACUGGCAUUUCUCUAUAGUGUAUAUUCAGAAGUUGUAUACCAUUUUAAGAUGCA